AUGAUCGUCCGGCAAUUGUGUGUGCGGCAAAGCCGCCAGCUUCUUGCUGCUAACCGACAGGCUCGCAUUCUGAGUCGCUUUUCCUCGACCGAGACAACUAUCGAGACCGCGGUGCAAACGCCCUUUAGAGAAGUGACAAAUCAAUCUAUCAGUGUUGGCAAGGAGACAGAGUCAGUAAGCCGGUCGGCGAAGGAUGCUUGGAGGAAGCGAGAAGUACAAAAGCACAAUUUCCGCGCCCUCGGAAGUGAUGUAUCAGUGGAAUAUCAACCAGAAGAUCUCAUCCGGAACCCUCCUCAGCCCUCCGAUAUCACCCUCGAAUUGCUCCUCGCAUCUCAAACCCACCUUGGUCACUCCACCUCCCGCUGGAACCCCCAGAAUUCGCGCUACAUCUUUGGUAUCCGAGAAGGCGUUCAUAUUAUCUCGCUCGAUGUGACUGCCGCGCACUUACGACGUGCAGCCAAGGUCGUGGAAGAGGUUGCGGCUCGUGGUGGACUGAUCCUCUUCGUCGGUACACGGAAGGGCCAGAAACGCGCGGUCGUCCGGGCCGCGGAGCUUGCCAAGGGAUACCACAUUUUUGAGCGAUGGAUCCCCGGCAGCUUGACCAACGGACAGCAGAUUCUAGGCCACUGUGACAUUAAGGUUGUGAACGUGCUGGAUGAGGAAUUGCCGCAGUUCAACGAGGCUCUGCCGGAACAGCCAGCCAUCAAGCCCGACCUUGUCGUCUGCCUGAACCCCAUCGAGAACGCCGUCCUGCUGCAUGAGUGUGGACUGAACAACGUGCCAACUAUCGGCAUCAUCGAUACGGAUGCCGACCCUACCCGUGUCACCUACCCCAUUCCUGCGAACGACGACAGUUUGCGUGCCGUGUCGAUCAUUGCCGGUGUUCUGGGAAGAGCAGGCGAGGCCGGUCAAAAGCGAAGACUUGAGGAAGCGAAGCAGGGCAGGGUCUCCUACCGACUGACCCCGUUGAAGGAGAUGGGCAUCAAAGUUCCAGAGGAUCAAGCCGAAGCCGCCGAAGGAAAGCAAUGA